AUGAAAGUAGUCGUCCCACUGGAUCAGCUCAAGGCAGUUAAUCAUUCAUCAAGCAGAGAUAAUCCUAGUGAAAAAUACAUUCAAGUUAUAUCUAUUGGUGAACAUGAAUUUUGGUUUAUGGGCUUUCUGUACUAUGAUGAAGCGCUGAAGUGCUUACAGGAUAUUCUGCAAGAACGCUGUGCAGCUGUCUGA